GCGGCUGCUGAGGGUGCUGCCGAGCCGUGCUCUGCCUCCUUCCAUCCUCCCCUUCCCUCCCUCCCUCAGCCAUGGGAGCGGGGCCGGCCUCCCUCUGCCUCUCCCUCAGCCUCUGCUGGGCGCUGGCCCCCCGGGCGCGGGGAGCGGAGGAGCCGCGGCUGCAGCGGGGCAUGCCAAAUGUCUGUCCAGUGUUUGAGUUGGCACUAGUAGGACACCAGCAGCCAUGCGUUCAAGCCUUCAGUCGGAUGGUCAAGAUGUGGAAACAAGGUUGCACAGGGAGGAGGUGGUGCAUGGGCUAUGAGAGAAGGUCUGGUUACUACACAGUGUACAAGCAGGUGUACAGAAUGGAGCAUCAGACUGUCUAUAAGUGCUGUCCUGGAUGGGUCCAACACAACAACGAACCUGGCUGUUUGCACUUGCUGUGCACUGCUGGCACCUGCUUCAAUGGAGGGAAGUGUUCUGAAGCAGGAUCUCAGAUGUGCCAGUGUCCUGCAGGAUUUCAGGGUCCUCGCUGCCAGUAUGAUGUAAACGAGUGCACCACAGAGAACGGUGGCUGCCACGAUCAGUGCUGUAAUACCAUCGGCAGCUACCACUGCAAAUGUCCAGCUGGCCAGAAACUGCAGGAAGAUGGAAAAUCGUGUGGAGAUGUGGACGAGUGUGCAGUGGUGAACGGAGGCUGCCAGCAGGGCUGCGUUAACACCCACGGCUCCUUCUACUGCCAGUGCCAUGUGGGAUACAGACUGCACACCGACGGGCGCACGUGCUUACUGAUAGACCCCUGCACAAGUGGGAAUGGAGGAUGCUCACAAAUCUGUCAAAAUGAGAGAGGAAUUGCCAAAUGCGAGUGUCAUCCAGGGCAUUAUCUUUCUGCAGACAAGAAGUCCUGCUUAGACAUUGACGAGUGUGCAGAAGGGAGAGCCAGGUGUGCUCAUCGUUGUGUGAACACUCUGGGAUCCUUCACCUGUGCCUGUAAUCCCGGCUUUGAGCUGGGGGCUGAUGGAAAGCAGUGCUACCGCAUCGAAAUGGAAAUCGUGGAUAGCUGCCAGAACGACAACGGCGGCUGCUCUCACCACUGCGAGCACACGACGGCGGGGCCGCGCUGCUCCUGCAACGACGGCUACAUCCUCGGCUUGGAUGGCAAAACCUGCACAGAGGUGGACGAGUGCGAGACCGGCGCGUCCUGCUGCUCCCAGUUCUGCAUCAACUACGCAGGAGGCUACGAGUGUGCCUGCAAGGCGGGCUUCCAGCCCAGCACCGACGGCUGCGGCUGUGACGAUGUGGAUGAAUGUCAUCUGGAGAACGGCAGCUGCGACCAUUUCUGUGUUAAUUCUCUGGGCUCUUACGAAUGUGUGUGCAAGGAGGGAUACAGGCUGGGCCUCGACAGGCGGUCCUGCAUCGCGCUAGGUGGGGACGAGGCUGUGGCAGGGUUCGCCGGGGCCCCGGGGCUGCAGUUCAGAGGUGCCCCCCAGCUCCUUCGCUACGAGCUCGGGGUCCCGCAGGAGGAUGAGGAGCGUCGAGGAGAGCUGACGCUGGUGCACAGAGUCGUUUGCCUUGAUAACACUUUUGGCAACGACUGUAGCUUGAGCUGUGAGGACUGUAUGAAUGGAGGCAGAUGUAACAGUGAGAGCAGUGGCUGUGUUUGUUCACCUGGAUGGACUGGCAUCAUCUGCAACGAAACUUGCUCCCGUGGGACGUAUGGUGACGGCUGUGCCAGUGUUUGUAAGUGCCAGAACGGAGGCUCCUGCGACCCCAUCACGGGGCAGUGUCGCUGCCCGCCAGGAAUUCAGGGGACAUUUUGUGAAGACGGAUGUCCCAAAGGACUCUUCGGGAAGAACUGCAACAAGCAGUGCAACUGUGCCAACAGCGGCUAUUGCCACCGGCUGUAUGGAGCCUGCCUGUGUGACCCUGGGCUGUACGGGCGCUUCUGCCACCUCACCUGUCCCAGGUGGGCCUUUGGAGCUGGCUGCUCGGAGGAGUGUCAGUGCGUGAAGGAGCACACGCUGGAAUGCAGCGCCAGGAACGGGACUUGCGCCUGCAAGCCUGGCUACCACGGCAAGAAGUGUCAGAAAGAGUGCUCGCCUGGCUUUUAUGGGGCUGGUUGCAAACUGAGGUGCAACUGUUCUACCGACGCUUUGUGCAAUCGUGAGACAGGAGCCUGCAAACAUCCCUGCCCACCUGGUUUUCAUGGAGAAAAAUGCCAUUUAUCUUGUCCGCCUGGGAGCUUCGGCGUGAACUGUGGGCAGAGCUGCAGCUGCGGAGGAGCUCCGUGUGACCCACGGACUGGGAAAUGUAUUUGUCCAGCUGGGAAAACUGGUGCUACCUGUGAGGAAGAUUGCCCCGAGGGCCAGUGGGGCUCAGGCUGCCAGUUCUCGUGCGAGCCCUGUGCCCAGGGGGGCCGGUGCAACGGGGAGACCGGGGCCUGCGAGUGUCCCCCGGGGUACAGAGGGACGGGCUGCUCUGAACCCUGCCCCGAUGGCUUCUAUGGACAAAAUUGCCUGCUGUCCUGCAGCUGUAGCAGCACCGCUUUGUGUCACCACAUCACCGGGGAGUGCACGUGUCCCCCUGGCUGGACUGGCCAUGACUGCAAACACCCCUGCAGUAGUGGCCGCUGGGGACUGCGCUGCGAAAACACCUGUGUCUGCAAUAACAGUGAUGGUAGCUGCGACCCUGUCACUGGAUCUUGUUUCUGUGAGCCAGGAUUUACUGGGAAAUACUGCGAACAGAGAUGCCCCGAGGGAAGCUUUGGCCCGAACUGCGAGCACAGCUGCCAGUGCCAGAACGGAGCCGUCUGCGACCACGUGAGCGGAGCCUGCACUUGUGGUGCUGGCUGGAUGGGGACCUUCUGUGGAAAAGCUUGUCCAGAAGGAUUUUUUGGGCUUGACUGCCACCAGGUGUGCAACUGCAAGAACGCUGCGGGCUGCGACCACGUCCUGGGAACGUGCCGCUGCCUCCCUGGCUGGCUGGGAGAGACCUGCGAGCAGCCCUGCCAGCGGGACAGGUACGGGCAAGGCUGCUCUCACACCUGCGACUGUCACAACGGAGCGCUCUGUGAUCAUGUCACCGGGACGUGUGCUUGUACCCCCGGCUGGAAAGGAGCCACCUGCCAAGAAGCCUGUCCUCCUGGGUGGUACGGUGCCAACUGCCUGCAGCGCUGCCUCUGCCACAGCCAGGCUACGUGCGACCGCGUGACGGGCGAGUGCUGGUGUCCCAAGGGCUGGACAGGAGCAGCCUGUGAGCUCGAGUGUGAGGACGGGAGAUACGGAGAGGGCUGUGGGCAGAACUGCAGCUGCCACCACGGGGCUUGUGACCGGCUCUCAGGGAAGUGCAUCUGCCACGCCGGCUGGAUGGGGGAGCGCUGCGAUGCUGUCUGUCCCCCUGGAUUUUUUGGCGAGCGGUGCGAGGAGCAAUGUGACUGCGUACACAGCGUGUCCUGCCACCACCAGACGGGAGCGUGUCGCUGCAAAAAGGGGUGGCGAGGGAGGCACUGUGACAAACCUUGCUUGCCUGGUCACUACGGCAUGGGCUGUGCCCAGCGGUGCCGGUGCCCUGCCGGCACCCCCUGCCACCACCUGACGGGCAAGUGCGGCUGUCCUCCGGGAUUCACCGGCUUCAGCUGUGAGAGAACCUGUCCACCAAGCACGUAUGGCAAGAACUGUAACCAAGGCUGUCAGUGCUCCGCCGAGGAGGAUUGUCACCCGGUCACCGGUGACUGUGCGUGCCGCCCCGGGUACCACGGGGCCCGCUGCGACCGCCGGUGUCCAAAAGGUACUUAUGGUUCAUACUGCCAAAAAGCCUGUAAAUGCAUGAAUGGAGGCCACUGCGACCCCGUGUCGGGAACUUGUGAUUGCGCGCCUGGUUUCAUUGGAGCCGACUGUAGUAAAACUUGCCCUGAAAAUCGAUUCGGGAAGGACUGCACCCAGUUCUGUGCAUGCGGUCAAGGUCAGUGCGACCCACGGACUGGCAAGUGUACCUGUCCUCCUGGCCAAACGGGACCCAGCUGUCAGCAAGUGUGUCCCCAGGGACAAUAUGGCCCCAACUGCCUCCUGACAUGUGCCUGUCAGAACGGCGGUAUCUGUGACCACGUGGAUGGCAGCUGCACUUGUGGACUCGGCUGGACAGGAAGAGCAUGUGAGAAAGAAUGUCUCCCUGGGAAGUAUGGCUCUGGCUGCGGCUUGGACUGCAUGUGUCAGCACAACGGCACUUGUGACAGGUUCACGGGGUGCUGCCAGUGCCCCGAAGGGUAUUACGGACGCUCCUGCGAGCACAGGUGCCCCCUUGGAUUUUAUGGGCUAAGCUGUCUUCAUGCAUGCGCCUGUAAAAAUGGAGCAAGCUGCGAUGCCGUGACAGGGCAGUGCAUUUGUCCUUCGGGUUAUCAGGGUAUCCACUGUGACAAAGGCUGCGACAACGGGUGGUUUGGAGAGAGCUGCCAGCGUCGGUGCGACUGCGGAGGAGCUCCCUGUGACCCAGCCACCGGCAAGUGCCUCUGCCCACCUGGGAAGACCGGAGACAAAUGCAACAUCGGAUGCAGGUCGGACCAGUACGGCCCCAACUGCUCUCUGCGAUGCCAGUGUGCCAGCAAAUCCCAGUGCAAUCCCUACAACGGGAAGUGCGUGUGCCCAGCCACAUGGAUGGGGCCAACCUGCAAAGAAGGUGGCCCUCCAAAGCCUCCUUUUUAUGAAGAACAAACUCAAGAAAGAGGGAGUAUUUUUCCAAGAGCUCUACAACAGUAACAUUUGGACUAAUAAAUGAACUGUUUCAUAUGCACAGACGGUAUUUGAAUUUGGAUAUGAAAACAGCUAUUCAAUUCAGCUUGAAUUGUGCUGAAGUAUUCACACUUCUUAUGGAAGACUACAGAGGCCAUUUAGUAGCUGGAUCCUUUUAAAAAGUUGAAUCUGUUUCAUGUAUUUAUUCCUAGCCUCUUACCCCACCAUUAAUCUGCUCGGGACACUCGUUCUGAUAUAUACGAUAAUUCAUUGUUUGAAAGCUUGGACAUGUUUUUAGUAAAACCAGCUCCAAAGAGUAUCAGGAUAAGCAGCAUGUAACACAUCAACUGACGGUGAGCCUCACCAUGUAUAAGUGACUUUCUAAACCCACUUGACAACCGGCAUGAAGUUAAAUGAGUGUUUAACAUAUUAAGACGCCAAUAUGGAUUCACUGCAAAAUCACAUUGCACAGAAACUAGUGAAAUUCACCAAAUUCCUCUCUGAAAAAUAUCUUACGUUCUAGAAAAACAUCCAGUCUAAUUUUAAAAUUGCAACUGAUGAAGAAUCCACCACAGUCCUUGAAAAGAUGUUAAUUAAUUUGAGAAUAUGUGCCUUUUCAAGUGUGGAUUGGUUGGAAGGUCUCCAUCUGUAUCUUGCUUGCAUCUGAGUCGCGUUUCUAAAGAGCAGGAUGUCAUCUGUCAGGCUGCUCUGGCUUUCUACAUUCUCCCAUCUUGCCAGCUGAGUUUCUCAGCGGUUUGUCGAGUCAAACAGUGCAGCAGUUCUUGUAAAACUCUAACGUCUAACACAGAAAGUUUUAUCCUGGAUGGAGAAAGUGGAUAGUUAGCAAGGAUAUAUAUGUGUAAUGAUAAUCUGUGUGCUCUGUAUGUAAAGGAUUGUAAUGUGCUCUUACUGCACAAUAACUUGAUUGCCAGUUUUAAAAAGUCCUUCCUGAUGCUUCAACAGCUGCUGUUGUUCACUUCGAACAAGGACAUUUUGGUGCUAUUUUGUAUGUUUACACAGGUUGUUCUUUAAUAUAGGACUAAGUCAUUAAACAGAAAUAAUGGUCUUUGUUAUAAUAUUCUGGAUUAACCAGCCUAGAAGAUUUCAGAGCACCUCUUUUCACCUCUCUUUAGGUUCAGAGUUACAAAACCUUGGUAGUAACCUCUUGAGUCUGACUAGAUCAGAAGCGCACUUAGUACAAGACACCAGGACCAUGGGCUCUGGGGACAAGGUAGUACAAGCUGUUUCUGGACUUGUGUUCACACACCACAACAAAUUGCAACUCUGCAAGAAAAUAUUUUCAUCAUAAAAGAGAGAAACUGACAAUAAUUGACGCUAACGUGAUUUUUAAAAAUGUUUGUUGUUGCAGUUGGUUAAUGAGAAUGUGAAAUAACACUUACCCCGUGGUUCACCCCAGGUUUUAACCCAAUCUGCAGCCAUUAGCAGUCUGCUACGGAGCAAGUACCACUUGCUCACCUGGGACUGUAAUUCAAGCUGUGAUCUACUGAAAGCAAUACAGGUUUGGGAAGUGUUUUUCAAGCUUCAUGGAAGUCUUAUUGUUGCUAUUCAUCACUUCAUAGGUAGUGGAAGCCAUCGUAAACUCAGUACAGAUAUUUGUGACUGUGACCAAGUUAAUUAACCAACUGCUUUCAGCCAGAAAAUCUCAGGGGUUGAUUCUGAUCCCUUGUCAUUUCUUUAUUAUAGCUGAAUAAAUCACUAGAACUUUUGCUUGACUUGAUGUAAACAUGACAAAAUUGUUGUCCCCAAACUAGUCAGAAGCAAGUGGUUCUCAGCAGGCCUUUUCUGUCAGCUAUGACAUUUUAUAUGUUCUUUUGGAGAUGUGCUGGCCUAGGUCUGAUCUCAAAAGGAUGUGAAGUUGGGGCAGUUUAACCGAAUUGGAACUGUUAAGGUAAAUCUUGUGCAAGACAAUUAGAUAUCAUCAUAGUAACUGCUGGGGAAAAAGAACCAUCCAAGUCAAGCAACUGAUGCCUUUUGAUCUUGUCUUUUGAUUUUGUAUUUACUACAAACUACGACAGUAACACAAGCAUUGCAUUCAGUUUUUCAUAUUAUUUUACAGUAGAUACUUUAGAAGAGACCUCUGGAAGUACAGGCUUCUCCUUAAAGCAUGGUCAACUUCAAGGUUAAAUGAGGUUGCUGAGAGAUCACCCAGUUAUUUUAGAUAUUUCCGAGGAUGGACAGCCCACAACCUCUUUGGACCCUGUCCUCCAGCCCCUGGUUACCUCCUCAACCCUUCGCCAGCCCCAGUCCAGUCUGUUGGACAUUUCAGUUCUCAGAAAGAUGCCCGAUGUCUGGUACGGUUACUCAGCAGCUAAUGCACAAAACCCAAGAACUUACAUUUUGCUGUUUGACAGCAGUUUAUGAAAUGUACUGUUUUCUUCUUAUCUUUGUAUACUUGUGUGUGAUUAGAGCAGCUAAUCGAAGGGGAAACUUUUCCCAAGCCAUAUUCUUUACACCUGUGUGCUCUUGUUUACAUUUUCCACAGUAUCUUGAUAUUAGAAUUGUAAAUAUGUACUAUAAAGGAAGUAAAAGAUUUUGUAUUAAGUAUUUUUAAAGAAUGUCACAACGUUAGGUACAUGAUGAAACACGUAUUUUAAGUGACUGAUACUGAGCCUGUGCCAAUGAAUCGGGGGCCCAAGUAGAUCUGCCUGGGAAAUAUUUUCAGCAAACUUUUUUUUUUUUAGAUUGGAAAAUGCCAAUUCAUACAGAACUAUUCAUAUGCAAUAGUCUUUUUUAUUAAUUCCUCCUUCAAAUUACUUCUUGGUUCCUUUAUGGUAUUUCCCUGGGGAAAGAAGUUCACUUCGGUACCAUUAAACAGAUCAUUCUGAUCUGGGCCUCAAUACGAUUUUUUGUUCCAAAACAUAGAAUGAAGCACAAUCAUAUAAAGAUGAAAAUAAAAAUUAAAUAUUAAAAAAAAAAAAAAAAAAGUAGACUUUUCAAUGUCUUUUCUUGGUUUGCUAUUUGUGAAGUUUUCACUUUUUUCACAAAGCGGGGAAAAUGUGUACAGGAUGUCAUUUUCUAAAAGAAGACCUAAAACCUUUCAUCAUUAGUUAUUGCCGAUUUACUUACUUGUGAUCUCAUUAAUGUGUUUUGAUGCUACUCCUUACUUCACAUUAACACAUUUACAUAAUUCUGUGCCUGAAAAAUAGUCUUUAUUAGACUGCAUGCACUUUUUGUAAUGGAAAAGCUACUAAAUUAUAAUAGAUUGGCAUUGUGGCAAGUGAGUGGGAAGUGAGCUUAAUUACUACUAAAAUAAUAUAACUGCUUAUUUGCUUCAUCAGUGAAAGGCUGUCAGGAUGAACAUCCUGAACAUAGCACUGCUGUUUGUGGAAAAUGAAAGUGAAAACUUCAGUGCAAAUGGUUUGCGAUUGAAAUUUAUGUCCAUCUUCCACUUGGUAAUGACUUUCUUGGCUAUCUGAUUCCCAGAGGACUGAAGUUAAUUAUGCUUUCUUGAAACGAGUGCUCUGUGUAUUCCGCUGUAACACACUUGCAUACACAGAUAACUCUUUUCUGAAAGACAUUUAAAUUAUUUUGAACAUGCAAUUUCUGUGUGAAAUGCCGCUCUCUUUCCUUGUUGUAUAUUCCAGAUAACUUCACUUUGAGAAGAGUGGAAAUGAGCUGAGUGUAACUCAGUGGAUCCAGCAGAAUUUUAUUCAAUGUGAAUUCAUGAAACCAGAACAACAUGUUUUAAGUUAGACUUCAGUAUUUAUAACACUAUUCUCAUAGGAAAACAAUCAGAAUUUUAAAAAUUCCCCGCUUCUCCUGCCAAAAAUUAUUAUUCUACUUUUAUCCUUUUUAUGUUGAAGAACCAUAGCUAUUAAAGUUUGCCCAGAUUUCUUGCCAACCAUAUUAUUUUGAUUGGCUGCAGAUUUCUGUUUGUGUAAGUAAUAACCAUCACAGUGUCAGAAGUUGCCAACGGGACAAACAUGGAAAUUAUACCUUUCUAUCCUUUCCAGAGUAGCCAAAGACAGAGUUUGGAGCCAUCCUGGCUUCACACUGCUGAUCUAACAAUGACAAGUAACGUUUCUCUAAGAGUUUAGUGUUUUAUCAGAGCAAAGAAAAGUUUGUGAAGAGCUCUUAAAAAGAACUGGUGAACCCAGACACCUCCAUCUUCCCAUCCCUCUGUUAAUUUUAAUUUUAAUUUUAUUUUUCAUAGUUAGGCCAGAAACUUUCUCAGACCCCAGUUGCUGAAGGACUUUUCCUACACAUGGACCUGUGGCUGACUGCAGCAGCUCCAUGCAUGAGCUGCAGUUGCCCAAUAAUUAUUUUGCAGGGGCCAAAGCUUUAAAUUCGAAUGCUGUAAAGCAAUUUCCAGCAGUAAGCGAGGAAUCUCAGACUUGUAGUGUGCACGUUGUUUAUUAUGUGUUGGUUUUGUUGUUGUUUUUGUUUUGUUGCUUUUUUUUUUUGGGUGGUUGUUGCUUUUAAUAAGCAGUUGCAAAGCAAUGUUAUAUCUGUGAAUUUGUGACCCCUUUCAAAGAAUAUGCGGGGUGUAUCUCAAAACUGUACUGUACUUUCCUUGUACACAUAUCACAGUGAAAGGAUGCUAUUUUUUUUUUUUAUAUAUAUAAAGUUGUCAUUAAAAGUU